UAGCAUCUAAUCUCUCAAUAACCACGUUUUUUAUUAGUCAUAACUGUGAAAAUUAAACGACUUUGCUUAUGGCAGUUUUAGUUGCUACUAAACAAUUUAUAAUCUCUCUUAGCAAAUUUGAAGGUGGCGAAACACUAUCCUGAAUGACGUUCUGAACAAAACCAAAAUAAAAGGGGAAACUGGUAUCUUCCUUUACUAGACAGCUGUUGGUGGUGGACAUCAGAACACUUUUCUGGUCUUCAAAGAAACUAGACCUGCUUGGUUAAUUCACCAUGAAUAAUACAGAUGGCAGCAACUAUGGCGUCAACUAUGACAAUGACAUCUAUAAUGACCUUGAUGACAUAUUGCAUACCGUCCUUAAUGGAACUGAAUCUCCCAAGGAUCCACAACUUUACAGCAUUUCCCCCGCUGGUUGGUUUGCAAUGGUCGUAUACUGCAUAGUGUUUGUCCUCGGUGUUCCUGGCAAUGGUCUGGUGGUGUGGGUAACCACCUUUGAAAUGAAAAGGACAGUGAAUUCAGUUUGGUUCCUAAACCUGGCAGUGGCAGACCUUCUGUGUUGUUUUGCAGCACCAUUUUCAAUCAUGUGGAUAGCCCUUGGACACUGGCCACUGGGUCUUUUUGCCUGCAAGACGAUCCCUUCUAUAUUAUUGGUCAACAUGUAUGCUAGUGUCCUUCUCCUCACUAUGAUCAGUAUUGACCGUUGUGCCUUGGUCCUCAAACCUGUGUGGUGCCAAAACAAGAGAACCGUGAAUAAAGCAUAUGUGGCAUGCUUGGUAAUGUGGAUCUUGGCCAUCACUCUGAGCACUCCUUCCUUUGUGCAUCGACAUAUAGCUAAGAAGAAUUUUGGAGAAAUCAUUUGUGUCUAUGAUUAUUCUUCCCUUAAUGAUCAGAGACAGAACGUGGAGAAUUUUAUUGCUAUUUUCCGAUUAUUAAUGGGUUUUGUCAUCCCAUUUGUAGUCAUUACUGCUUGCUACAGUGUGCUUUUGGGAAAAGUGAGUGGACGAUACACCCAAUCUACUAAGACAUGGAAGGUGAUCCUCAUUGUGAUUAUUGGGUUUUUUGUCUGCUGGCUUCCAUACCAUGUUGCUGGACUUUUCCUAGCUGUGCAUAAAACCGACUCAAAGUUAUAUGAAUCAUUCGAAAAUUUGGAUGCAAUUUUCAUCGCACUGGCCUUUGUCAACAGUUGUAUCAACCCAAUUAUUUAUGUGCUAGCAGGUCGGGAGUUCAAAAGCAAAUUCAAAAGAUCCAUUAGGUUUAUUCUUAAGAAUGCCCUGGCGGAAGAUAGUCACAUCCAUCCUUUUGAUAUUUCGGUGGCACCAGGGGAUGCAGCGAUUAAAGCGGAUCUUCACUGCAUUGGAGCACAAGAAACCAAAAACACUAGUUAAUUCAUUUUUAAUAUUCAAAGCAAAC